AUGCCCUCGACCAACGGUCCCGAAUAUCGCCAUAUGCGAAGUGGCAGCCUCAACAUUCAACACCAGCAAACACCCUCCCAGAAUGGUCAUUCCAGUCCCAUGAUGAGCCCAAUGCCAUCCGUUGCCUCGCCUGCCUCCGGCACCGCCGCGGCCGCCCACAGAUUCGACGGCCCGCGCAGUCCACCGACCCUCCGUCAAUCAUGUCGCCGCAGCUUCGCCUCGUCUUCCGUCGCCUCUUCUGCAACACGUCGCACCGCACCCGUCCUUGAGCAACAUUCCUCCCCUCUUCUCGUCCAGAUCAUGGCUGACUUGUCUUGCCUUUGCACUACAGACACUUCCCACGUUCCAUGCAAAUUCUUCCGACAAGGCGCCUGCCAGGCCGGCAAUGCCUGUCCCUUCUCUCACGACCUCGGCGCCGCCGCCGAGAACAUUUGCAAGUACUUUGCCAAGGGCAAUUGCAAGUUCGGCCCGAAAUGCGCCAAUAUCCACGUUCUCCCCGACGGCAGACGCAUCAACUACGGAAAGAACGGCGUGACGAUCGGAACCUCUCCCAUCGCCCUCGGCGGACGAAUCAACCCGACUUCCGCUGCUGCAUACCACCCGACGAGCGCCCUCACUUCCGGUCUCUAUCGCGAGGGCGCCCCUCCAUACGGCUCCGCUUACCCUUACGGCGACGAGAGACAGCACCAACUGGGCCGCCAGCCGAGCGUCGAGAACGGCCUUCCGACCAUCGACACCACCUACUCCCACCCCGGCUCCAACUACGGCUCUCCCCGCGACGACGAUGCUUCUCGAUUCGGCCUCGGCCUUUCCCCGAGUAACGCCAACGGCCUGUCCGUCCUCGAUGCGCCGCUCCCCGCCUCGUUCGAUUCCCAGGGCAUCUCCAACGCCGCUCUUUUCCCCGCCGGCCCCUGGCCCUCGUCCGUCCCCUCCAAAUUCGGUCUCGAAUCGCCCUCGCCUUCGCUCAACAACGCCAAAGACUCGCGGACUUCCGACACGCUUAAGAUGCUGCACACUUCCGCUUUCGGCGGCAGCGAGUACCUGGCCGCCGCCAACGCCACCGCUUCCAGCAGCCCGCCCAGCCAGCCCAUGUCCGGCGAGGAAUACUACGGCAAGCGCGCCAUGCACUCGAGCCGUUACGCGAAGCCCAAGAUGCUCAGCUCCAGCAUGCCCAAGACGACCGUCGACCACGACUGGGAGGCCGAAUUCGCGUUUUUGGAGGAGGACUACGUGCCGCAGAACCUGCAGGAGCUCUUGACGCCCGCCGAGAAGGCCCGCCGGGGUUCUCUCCGUACUGUCGACGGCGAGCCCGGAAGCGAAAACGGCACCAAGUUCGGAAGCCCCAUCACCGGCGCAAGCCCGAGCCGAUGGGGGCCGCUCUUCCAGCGCCAGAAGGAAGACGAACUCCAUAAGCACGGCCCCUCGGCAUUUGGGCACGUCGGCAGCCCCCUGCGCAACUCGGUUCUCUCCAACGAGAUGGGCAACGGAAGCCUCUCCCGCCCGAUCGGAUCUCGCGCCGGCAGCGAGUCCAUGUCUGCUCUGACCCAGCAGCUUCAGCGAACCCGCCUGGGUGAUGAUGGCAGCGCCAGCCCGCACCUGCAUCCCUUGGCCGCCACCGGGCGCGCUUCGAGCAACGGUGCCGGUCCUAUCGGCAAGGAGCGGGAGCGUGUCAUGGAGCGUCACGUCUCGAGCGGGUCCAUCAGCUCAUCGGUCACGGGCCGUUACACGACGCCAAUCGACGAGGAGGACCCGGCCUUUGUCUUCAACAUGGAGGAGGUGGAAGACCAGUCUCCGGCAAGACUCCGAAAGCGGGGCUCCGCGGGGUUCGGCAUCGGAGGCGGAUGGAGCUACGCCAACGCUCUCUCCAGCAAGAACGCCGCCCCUGGCUCCAGCCUGGCCAAGGAGCAGCGGGAGCCCUCUGUCAGCGUUGAGACGGUAGGCGGACGUUGA